AUGUCUAAUAGUUAAGAAAGAGAACAAGAACUUAAGUUGAUUCGCAAGGAAAUGCUAAAAGAUGCAGAACUGAAUGCACAAAAAUAACGAUUUGGUCUAUUCUCCUCACCUGUACCUUUAGGAUUGGGUGACAAUAGUAUGGAGAUGAGAAAGAAACGUAAUGCUUAAAUAUAAAUAUGAUUAGCAUAAAGAGGAGAGAAUGGUAAACCAAUAACAGAACCAACAAAUAUGAAGGUAUGUGCUACUCGUACUGGAAGAAUUAGAUCAUCCUAUUUUGGACCCUUGAGUUUUACAACCGUUGGAGAUCCAUACAUAGAUCCUGAUAAAGUGUUAACUCAUUAUGAGAAGGAGCAAAAAAAACUAUGUAAUAAGGAGGCUCCAUUUAAGCCUUCAUCAGGAUAUAAAGAAUUAAUGGGCAGUGCUUAUUAGCAUAUGAAGGAUUAUGAUUACAAGAACGUAGAGAGUAGGAAACAAUCAGAUGGGAGAGUAUAUUCUGCACCUAGAAAUGUUACAACGAAUCCAAGAUGUAAAGUUUUGGAUAAAUCAAUUCCAUAUUUGAUGGAUGAUUAUAAUAGAUAUAGUGAUUUCGAAAGAGUAUUUAAAUUAUUAAUAAAAAGAUAGCAAGAAGGGAAAGCAAGAGUAAAGAGAAGGAAUAACCAUUUCGAAGUACUGUGAAUGGAGGUUAUACUUUUGAAAAAGACAAAAAUAUAUUAGGAGAAACUAAAAUGCCACCUUAGAGUCAGAGGAAAUCUCUUGAUCUUAAGUAAGCAAAACACGAGUCAGCUUUUCGUCCAGCUAAUGGAUUAAAGAAAGGAUUUGAUGGAUUUUUUGGUCAUUAUGAGUACAAGGCUGAUCCUAUUAGGGAAAUUAAGAGGUAAUAUAGUUUGAAGAAGGAAAGAGAUAGUUUUAAGUAAGAACAGAAUAUCAAAUGAUAGGCCUUCAGAUAUGGGUAAUAAGAGUAGGCCUAAUCCAACGAUAUCGUGUUUCAAAAUGAACAUAAAGAGAGAGAUAGCUGGAAAUAUUUGA